AUGGUGUUGGGAUGGAGGAGGAGGAAGGGAAACAGCAAGCAAAGCAAAGGUGGCAAACUCGUGAUGGAGUUGGUGGUUCCCAACCACUUCAGGUGUCCAAUUUCUCUUGACUUGAUGAAGGAUCCCGUGACAUUGUCAACUGGGAUAACCUAUGAUAGGGAGAGUGUGGAGAGGUGGUUUGAAGAAGGGAACAUCACAUGUCCGGUUACUAACCAGGUUGUGAGGAACUUUGACAUGAUUCCAAACCAUUCUCUCAGGAUAAUGAUCCAAGAUUGGUGUGUGGAGAAUAAGCAACAUGGGGUGGAGAGGAUUCCCACACCAAGGAUACCAAUUAGCCCAAUUGAGGUUGCUGAGCUUCUGAUGCAAGUGAAGGACUCAGCAAGGGCUUUGGACCAAUAUGGCUGCCUUGAAUUGGUGCAGAAAAUGAAGAAGUGGGGUGGGGAGAGUGAGAGGAACAAGAGGUGCAUAGUGGACAAUGGAGCACCUGUGGCUUUGGCUUCAUCCUUUGAUGCAUUUGCCAAUGACUCAGUGGAGAGGAAUGUGGUGGUUCUGGAAGAGAUUUUGUCAGCCCUCAAUUGGAUGUUUCCACUUCAAUUGGAGGCACACAAGUCCUUGGGGUCUUUAGCUUCUCUAAGUUGCAUGGUUUGGUUCUUGAAGCAUCAAGAUCUCUCAGGGAAAGAGAAGUCCAUUGUGGCAUUGAAAGAGCUUCUUUCCUUUGGUGAUGUGCAGCAUGUGGAGGCCUUGUCACAAAUUGAAGGGGUCAAUGAGCUCUUGGUGGAGUUCAUCAACAAGAGGGUUAGUCCAACCAUCACAAAGGCCUCAUUGAGGGUGGUUUGGUACUUGGUCUCAUCCUCAUCCAAUUCCAGUCAGAAGAUGAAAUUGGCAUUUGUUGAACUGGGUUUGGUUUCUUCUUUGCUUGAAAUUCUCAUUGACUCGGACAAGAGCCAGUAUGAGAAGGCUUUGGCAAUUUUGGACUCUCUAUGCAGCAGUGAAGAAGGAAGGAACAAAGCUUGUGGGAAUGAUCUAACAAUUCCUCUUUUGGUGAAGAAAAUUCUAAGAGUUUCACCAUUGACCACAGACUAUUCUGUCUCUGCCCUUUGGAAGCUGUGCAAGUUUGGAGAAAAAGAUGAAGGAAGAACCCUUGUCGAGGCCCUUCAAGUUGGAGCCUUUCAGAAACUCCUGUUGGUGUUGCAAGUUGGUUGUGGUGAUGAGACUAAGGAGAAAGCAACUGAACUUCUCAAAAUGAUGAAUCCUUACAGGGCUGAAUUGGAAUGCAUAGACUCAGAUUACAAGAAUGUUAAGAGAUCAUUUUAA